UUGGCAAAAACUAUUUAAAGGUUUUAGUUGGUGAAAACUAAUUCACAUCAGAUUUUGUUUGAGUGGCAAAAACCUUAUAUAAAGAGCUCAUAAGAACAGAUCUAAAAGCAAACGUGAUAUAUUUGGCAACAAAGAAAAUGAAUUGCAAGAUUGGAUUCAUGAGCUCCACCAUGGUGAUUACUUCAAUAGUCAUCCUAUUUCUCUUGGUUUCAGGAAACGGUGAAGCUCAACCCAAAAACUGCAUUGGAUUAUGUAAAAUGCUUUUUGACUGUUCGGCCGCUUGCAUCAAGAUGGGAUAUACAAUGGGCCAAUGUAUUGGCUGGAAAAACCCCGAUAUAUGUUGUUGCGACCAUUAGACCAUCCUCAUCGCACAACCCCUUCAAAAAUGUCUUUAAUUAAUUUUAUUUAUUAAAUCUUAAAUUAAAUAAAUUAGAACCGAUCAAAAUAUGACAUAUUAUUUAAGAGUGUCCUCAGUAAUCAAUAGAGUCUUAAAUAGUUAAAUGUCUUCCGAAAGACAUUUUUAUUUCUCUA